GUGCAACUGAAUGGGAUUUCUGACGGCGCUAAUGGUGUUCCUGAUUAGCUCAUUCGUACAUGGCAGAGGUUCGGAAUGACCCGUCUCUGCAGCUUAACUCGGUUAAGUUCGAGACGCAUGUGCUAUAACGCAUCUCACUAACAGCUUCAUGCCCUGUCAUUAACCCAUAAGCCGAAUCGAAUUGGGUUAUUGAUUGAACCCCCCUGCAUUUAAUGUGUAUAAAGCAGAUACCUACACGUCGUAUCGAAUACUCUGACUCAUAGUUAACAACCCAUGACAACUAGUCAAAGCAUAUUCUGCUCUCUCUUCUCAUAAAUAUACAGAAGUUAUUCACCAGAAACCCAUCGCAAUGGCAGUGCCACUCCGUCCAGAUCAGCUCUCCACCCCGCCACCGGUUGCUUGGAUCUCCAUGGCAGGCCGGCGCCUCUUGUGGACCCUCCAGGGCCCCCUCAGUAGUUCUAUAUUCGUCCUUCCCGAGGACUGCAACCCGGAUGGAGCGCGUGAUUUAUUAUACCGCCAGACGCGCACAGAGGCGACGUGGCACCCAAUCGCCCAAGAGCCCAUGACACAGACACCAGUCGCAUCACUCACAGUAAUCGAGCAGCAUCUCGACGACUGGCAGGAUGAAUGGUACACGAUUAACCAAGAGGGGUUUGACGAGGACGUGCAGCCCGACACGGGUGACUUUCCACCUGAGUUCGACCCGCUGAUCGUCAGGGCAUCGUCGAGGGAUUAUGUAACGGUGCAGGAUUUUGUGUCCGCCGUGCAUCCCUGGCUGAUGGAGCGGCGGGAGGAUGUCCAGAGGGCGAUGAAUGUCGCUGAUGAAGAAUAUACUCCGCCCACGGACGUGAGGUUGUUGGUAUCGGCCACUAGACCUGAGGAGUUAUCGGUCAAGGAUGAGGCCGAAUGGAUGUCAGCACUGAGGUGGAACUACGAGAGACAGCAGCAACAGCAACAAUAGCUACUAGGGGGAGAUCUCUACACGUUGGUUGAGAAUGGGAUAAAUCAACUCGUUCUAUUCGAGUGUUGUAUUACUGAGAAAGUAAU